UAAUCCUCAUAUCAUCAUCAAAAGUUAGGAGUAAGACACCAAGAGAUAUCGACGCCACAUCUUUACCCAAAACCUUAAGACAAUAGAUUUAUGGGUCACAUCUCUUAUAAACUCUUCUCAUCAUCCAUACUUAACCAAUAUGGGACUGCAACUCCACACUUGAAUUCUCAACCCCUGAUGUCUCUGUUCAUGAUCCUCAAUAUUUCCUUCCUCAUGCUGGCUCACAAUGUGAACUCAGACGCUUUCGAAUUCCCCGGUUUUCGGCUGCCAAACACAAAAUACAUCACCUUCGAAGGUGAUGCCUUUGCAUCAGACGGUGUUCUGAAACUUACCAAGACUGCAUACAGUGCUCCUCUGCCCAACAGUGCUGGCAGAGCCUCCUAUGCUGAACCAGUGCGCCUUUGGGAUGAGAGAACAGGGGCACUUGCAGCGUUCACCACCAACUUCAUUUUUUAUGUGGAACCAGCCAGUUCAGGAUCAGGACUUCGUGGAGAUGGAAUCACCUUCUUCAUUGCACCAUUCAUCUCUAAAAUCCCUCAAAACUCAACAGGUGGAUUCCUUGGACUCUUCAGCGAGGACUCUGCUUUCAAUGCUUACCAAAACCAAAUAGUGGCGGUUGAGUUUGACUCCUUUGCUAAUACAUGGGAUCCUGUGGCUGUCUCCUCCCACAUAGGGAUUGACAUAAACUCCAUUGUUUCAACAACAACCGUGCCGUGGCGAACUGGGAAUAAUUUGAACGAGUCAAUAGCCUUUGCCACCGUGAACUAUGAAGCCAUCACAAAAAAUUUAACUGUGCUGGUCUCGCAGGGGGGUCAGGGUGUUCCUCAUACCACUACCAGGCUUUCGUAUGUGGUUGAUUUGAGGACUAUUCUUCCUGAAUGGGUUAGAGUUGGCUUCUCUGGUGCCACAGGGCUACUGGUUGAACAACAUACGAUUUAUGCUUGGGAUUUCUCCAUUUAUUAGUGGUGCUAGAGAACAAUAAUAUGUCGGGCCUUCAAAAUAAAACAUUGAUGUUUAAAAUUUGCAAUGAAUUAUGUGAUCGUAUUUGUGGAAUUCUCAUCAAUAAUAAGUUAGCCUGUGUAGUAUUGUAGAGACUGUAAUGGUUGGGGCAUUUGAAUUAUGUAAAAUCGUUAGGGUUUACAUGAGGGAAAAUGCCUUUGUAACUAACACCUCAAACUCCAUCAUUUAUUGUGUAGUGUCGUUGUUUGUCUCUCUCUUUGGGGAAAUGUUUUUGUAACAUGGUGCCGCUGCAUGUUCGCUCUCUGUCCUUCCUGAUGGAUUGUGAUACAUUACUACAUAAGUUAUUGGCUUAAUUGCACUUUUGGUCCCCCAACUAUGGCCUUCCUGCGAAAAUCGUCCCUAAACUUCAAAAUUAGCAAAACUCGUCCCUCAACUAUACACACAGUUGCACUUUUGGUCUUCCGUUAGCAUUCCGUCAGAAAACUAACAGAUUGGGACUAGUGACGGAGAUAAUCCGUCACAAUUCACAAUCCAGUCACCAAAUUUCUUCAUCUUCCUCAAUAUAACCACCACUCAUCCCCCCCUCCUCAUUCCUCACUUUCUCCAUCUUCAUCAACCUCAAUCCCUCAUCCUCCCCUCCCUUCUCCUUUCAUUCCUCUUCACCCCUACCUCCCUCAACCAUCAACACAAACUCUCCAUACUGAAAUUGAAUUGGAGCGGAUUGCUGGAGAGAAAGGGGUUUCAAUCAUCUCUGCCAUCUGCCCUUCUGUUCUUGGUGUCGGAACCCCGCCACCACGCCUAGCCAGCAACCACCACGUCCUCCACCGAUCCAAGCCCAGAAACGCCAACCUCCACCGAUCCAAACCCAGAAACACCAGUGCUCCCCCCGACAACAACCGCAACCAGCACAUAAACAAAUCCCCCAAAACUCAAUCAAAAAUCAACAUGAAGAAGAUGAACAGGCAAGUGGGAGGGAGAAACUGAAGAAGAACACAACCUCGACGCUCUCCCUCUCAAUCCCGCGACACCACCACCUGAGAUCGGAAUCUUUUUCGCUGGAGCUACCCUUAUUCAUCUUCCCCAUCGUGUUUGGCUUUCCAUACGAGAAUCGAUGCACCACCGCGACACCAGAUCUGCAUCGCACUAA